CGGAUUCGCCCGUCCGCGCGGCUAGUACCCUCCAUCCUCUCCUCCCCUCCGGUCGGCAAUGGCGGUGGCGGCGCGCAAGGAGACGGAAAUCGCAAGAACCCUAACCCCUGCUCCUCUGUCCCGACUCGCCCAACAAAGGGGUAGUCGCCGCGACCGAUGUCCCGAACACAGUAAUCCUAACCAUUCGUGCUCCAUCGGACGGCUGACAACGCCUAAGCCCGUCUCAACCCCACGUCUAUUCUGAGACGCCCAACGAGGCAAGGGGUACAAGUUACAAGGCCGCGCCGCAAACGCAACGCAUCGCCGCCGAUGGAGCCGAUGGCGAAGAAGCACAAGGACCCGGCCCCCGCGGCCGCCGCCGCAAGCGACGCCAUCCGCUCCCUCUUCUCCGCUGAAAACCCCUUCCGCAGGAAGCCCUCGACCGAGGAGCCCCCUGCCAACGCGGCCACGCCCCUCCGCAAGCACCCCAACCCCGACGCUGGAGCCGCCGAGCCGACCUCCAAGAAGAAGCACAAGGAGGAGGGGCCGCGGCGCAAGCGGAAGAGGGACGAGAUAGAGGCCGGCCACGAGCGCCUGGGGCACGGCGCCGCCACGGAGCAGCCGCCGGCCUUUGGGAGGAAGAGGAAGGCGCCCGACGAGGUAGCGGCGGUGGUGGGGGAGGAUGACGACGACGCGUUCGGCGACGAGAGCAAGCUGCUCAGGACGGUUUUCGUGGGGAACCUGCCGCUGCGGACGAAGCGCAAGGCGCUCACCAAGGAGUUCGUGGCCUUUGGCGAGGUCGAGUCCGUCAGGAUCCGUUCCGUGCCACUGGCUGACACCAAGCUUUCGAGGAAAGAUGCCAUUAUAAAGGGCAAGGUCAAUGAAUCGGCCGACAGUGUGCAUGCCUACAUUGUAUUCAAAGAAGAGCAGUCUGCACACGCUGCUUUGUCUCAUAAUAUGGCACUGUUCGGUGGCAAUCACAUCCAUGUCGAUAUGGCUUGCCCCCCUCGUAAAAAGCUUAGAGGAGAAGGGCCUCUUUAUGACAGAAAGAGGACAGUGUUUAUUGGUAACCUUCCGUUUGAUGUAAAGGAUGAAGAGCUCUACCAGCUAUUCUGUGGUUCCACUGGAUCAGAAGGCAAUGUUGAAGCCAUACGUGUUAUUAGAGAUCCAAAUUCAAGCCUAGGGAAGGGUAUCGCCUAUGUUUUGUUCAAAACAAGGGAAGCUGCAAACUCAGUUGUCAGAAAACGGGAUAUCAAAAUUAGAGAUCGCAUUUUGAGGCUCUCCCAUGCAAAAUCGGUUGAUGCAACUCCAAAGAAGACAAUGGAUGCUGGAAAAAUGAAACGUGCGCCAAAACUCAAGGAAGUUUCUACACCAGGCAGCAAAUCUCAUGAAGGCAGUGACAAUGCCAAACGAAAGGCAUCAGCUCUGUCUUACCAAGGCUUGAGAUCAAGCAAGUCUGGUGUUGUGAAGAAGGCGAAAAUGAACCAGCGUCCCAGCAACGAAGGGAAGCAGAGUAAGAGUAGUGAAACUGGACCUAUUGCUCAGAAAGGUAAGCGGCCUGCUGUGGCUGCAAGGAAGGCGAAGCAACUAGCCAAGAAACGCAAAUCCUGAAAAUACGCACAGGAGCAAAAAGCCAAGGAAGUAGCUGCCCAGACGAGUUGGUUUGUUUGUCGUCGCACAUUGUAAUGGGAGUUUUGGGCAGUCAAAUUUUGGAUAAACAGGGCUACUGAUCAUGUAAUCAUCAAAUGCUAUGUCUGUCUUUAAGUGAGUUUAGGGCAAUACAAGAUUGGUGUUGCAAAUGUAAGCCUGAUAUGAGUUCAAUGUAGCAAUUUGGUACUCACCUUAAA